UCAAUGGGUGAUUUCAAGCUUUGCUAGGUUUAUUAGAAGACUAAAUAACAGGUCUGUUUGCGCCAACUCUGUGUUCACUUUAGUUCAUCUUCUUUUUUGUGUAAAUAACAAAGUCAUGUGCACUGAUAGACAUCGAAAUAUGAUUAAUGCUAGACCAACAAGUGCUCAUAAAAAUCCGAGAUCAAAAUGAUCGGAGCCAAGUAAUGUGUGCUUUCUGUGGAAAUGAAGGUUCAGCGUUUGUUUGCUUUAGGCUCUCUGUUCCACGUGAUGACGUGUUGUAAAAUAAUUAUGUACAGGUAAUAUAGUGCAGCAGAUGCCAUCUGAAUCCACUCACGUCCCGUCCGAAGGCGUGCUUCAGUUCUCCCACACCUUUCUGAGAGCUUCUUCACUUCCAGUUUCAGUUUUUCAACAGAUAAAACCUGAAAUCUGAGAUGUGUGUGUGUGUGUGUGUGUGUGUGUGUGUGUGUGUGUGUGUGGUGAGGAUCCUCUAUAGACGGCACUAAUGGGUGGAGGCCAACCGCAGAAAACAGGAAGGUGCUGAAAAGACGCUCAAGUUCACCAGCACACCUGAGAAACACUAGAUCUUCCUCCAGACCGACUGCAGAUGGACACAACCGGGGACAGACUCUGUCACUGCACAAGUUACAGCAAUAGAAGAAUGUCCCAACGCACGCCAAUGGGAUUUUUCUCAUUCGUGGAUAUGAGAUUUCUAGAAAGUGACUUGUGUGAAUAAUGAGAGGACUGUGUCUCUGAUCACCGGAUCUUUAUUUGGAGCUUCUCAGUUGGAGAUAUUGUUACUCUUCUGAAUAUGUGGCCUCUGAGAGUUACAAUGUUUGUGCUCUACUUUGCAGGUGGCUGGACUCAGAGUUGUAAUCGGACGAAGGCUUAUUUUGAGUCCAGGAAUUUCUUCAGCGUUCUCCGUUGGGACCCUGUUGACGUUCCGGGUCGAUCGCUUCUCUACAGCGUCCAGUUCAACCUUUAUGGGAAACCGUAUGAACCGGUGACGUGGUGUCAGAACAUCUCCACUCCUGCUUGUGACAUGACGGAUGUGAUGACCCAUGUGAUGAGCGAUGUGACCUCUAAAUAUCAUGCCAAGGUCAGCUCCAGUGGACAGUGUCUGGGUGAGGUGGUCUUCACGCCGUUUUGGCAAACCUCUUUAGCAGCACCGCAGCUGUCAGUGACGUCAAACCAAACCCAUCUGAACGUGACGGUUCUGCCGCAGAUGACCGCUUGGAGCCGCUCCAUUGAGAACAUCAGCUUUUGGGGAAAAGGGUUCCAGAGGCCCUCCGUUAAGUACACCGUUCGCUUGACACAUCCCGAAUCAUUGGCGGGAAAGGUAUAUGAGGACACGUCUCGCUCAGUGUUGAUUUGGCUGGUGGAAACAGACGAGCAGUACUGUGGGGAUGUGAUGUAUACGCUCACACACCCCGGUCGAUCCAGUCCCAGUGAAAACACCUUCUUUUGUGUGACUGUCUCGGCACCUAAUUCCUGGUUUCAUAUAUUAAUAUGGCCUGGUCUGCUGGCUCUGCUGCUGCUGAUCAUCCUUCCCAUCAUGCUUUGCCAACUGUGGCUGAAAAGCCAAAAAGCUGAAAAGCCGAAAGCGCUGCAGAUCCUGCCAAAGGAAAGCAGUCAUGUGUUGUGUUUAGAUCCCCGCGAUUGCAUAUCUAAAGUGGAAGUGUGGUCCGGAUUUGAUGAGAAGCUUGAACCACAGGCUGUUUUUGCACCAUGGAAAUCAAAGAUGUUGGAUAAUGAGGCUUCUUAUGCAUCCCAGGAGCACUGUGACCACGAGUGGACACGCAAUCAACCGGACAUCCCGGUCCAGGACAGCCGAGAGUCUUCUGUGCACUACAGCAUGUGUUUUCCUGCCCGAAAUAAUGAAGAUGCAACGGAUGAAACCAGCUCGGAUUCAUGCGGUCCACAGUCUGUUUCGACAUUGUUAAUCGCGCACACUGAAAACAGCAGCGGGACACUGGUGGUGCCAGUUAGAUCUGCUAAAAAUGGUGCGCUCCAGUUUCAUGAGUGUUUGUUGCAGCGUGACACUGGUCAAAGUUUUCCAGCACCUUCCCAGGAUUCAGAAGGUUUCACUGGAGACCGAACUCCUUUACUAUCUGACCGUGGUCAGAACAACUCAUCCUUCAGGCCUGUGCACGUUCCUGACGUCGUGACGUCAAACUAUCGGCAGAACUGGCUCCCGGGGAUUCCUCUGGAGGGACAGCGAGACCAAAGGACUUAUAUUAGGAGGACAGACCACCUGCAGGACACUGCUGAACCGGAUGAGGACUUCACAGAUGAAGAGGAACCCUGAGUUGGUUCUGGACAGAUGCAUGGUGGAGAUACAGGUCUUUUCCUCCCAAUGCUCAUCUAAGCACAUUCAUGCAAGUCAAAGAGAUGUUUGAAGAUCUUCUGUUGGGUUUCUCCAGCUCGUUACAUAAGAAGUGGUGCAAGCUUGAGAGUAUUUACAAACCUUCAGGUGUACAGUUUCACUAUAGUUUCACACUUUCUCAGGUUUACAGAAAAUUCCCCUGUUGAAAUGUUUGAUUUUGUUUAUUUCUUCUGAAAUACAAACAUAAAUAGUUAUGAAAGCCAACAGAUUUAAAGCCACAGAUGAAUGUUUACCGAGCAAUCCAUUAUAUUAGAUUUGGAGCCAAAUUACAGGUGGGGAAAAUGAUUUUAGACAGAUGGCAGCAUCAUGAUGUUAUUUUUACACAGAUAUUGGUAGGUCUGUUAGUAAAAUCAGUUGACUUUAGCAACUGUUGUUGCAUUAUAUCCCAAUGGGGACCAUUCGGAAAUGGUGGAAAAACACGUUUUGUGCUUUUUUUCCAAAGUUUGCAUGCCUGUAACUCAAGAAGUAUUAAAGAUAUCUUAAUAUCCUCUUAGAUGUUGGUUCUUAAGAAAGGUUUCUUUUGUAAUCUUCAUUUUUAAGACUCUUGAUAGUUCAAUUCCAGAGAUAUGUGGACCUCAAUUUGGCUCCAUGAGUAAAUUGUUAAACUUUUGUUAAAUUUUCAUUGGUCAAAAUCCAAAUGCAAAUACAAAAUAGAGGAUUACUUAGUAAAUAUUCAUCCAUGGCAAUAUUUUUGCUUUAUUUCACAUUAAUGUAUUUCUUUCAACAGGAAAAAAAAAAAAUAAUUUUAGCAUUUGAGUUGACAUGACCCUAAAGGAAUGUUUUCAUAUUGGCUCUUUGACUGAAAUAUCUGCCAUUCUGUAUGUCUAUGUUUUAACUUAUUUGAAUAUUAAAUCCAUGUAUAAUGCAUGAUUUAUAAUACACAAUGCAUGAGUCCACUUUAGCAUUUUCAAUAUAAUUUUCUGAUUUGACGGUGUGUUUUGCGCUAAUCUGAAUUAUGUGAAAGUCAGCAUGAAAUGGCAUUUAACACCAGUUUAUUUUCUGAUGCAUUUCUCAGAGGAAAAGGCUGUUCUGACCGUUUCUUUAUCUAUUUAUAAUUUGAUUGAUGACUUAAUUGGGGGGGCGUAUAUCUGAAAUAACGAUCUGAAAUAAAAAAAUAAUAAUAGGCAUGUAAUUUUUACUGUUUUCUCAAUUGAAAAUCCCAGUAUUGCAUUGUUUAUGGUUUAAAUAAACAGAAGGUUUAGGAUCUGAAAUCAGAUUGGAUUCAUUCAUUCAUUGGAUUGAUUGAUUGAUUGAUUCUGACUGUUGAAAAUGAUUGCAUGUAAACAUAAUGAGAAAAAAUAUAAUGCUACAUUACAUUUUUAUUCAUAUAAAUUUUGGAAAUGUGUUGUUUUUGUUUGUUCGUUUGAAAAGCAUGCAGCAAUGAAUAACUCAUAGUAAGGCAAGGGAAGUGCAUAAGAAAUUAAACUAUAGGUUCAAUUUGAUUUCAUGCUGACUUUUUAAAUACAUUUUUACUGUAACACUGAAGCACUUGACUUUAUUUCACUGUGACAGACCUGUGAGGCGUCUCUGUAAAAGCACCUCUUAAACAUAAUGCUGGAAAUGACCACAGUCGUGAAUUAUAUAUUUGCACACCAGAAAGUCCCUCGUGUUCCUUGGAAUCAGUCUGAAAGGCUUUAUGGGAAUUUUACAGUCUCCAGUUAUGAUGAAGUGUGUGUUCUGUGCUGCGAAAUAACUCAGAAACACUGUUUGUCAGCUCUGUGUUAUUGAGGAAAUAAACAUAGAAAUUGCAA